CGUAUGCCUGCUGUCUACUCUGCUCUUUAUAGAGUGCUUAGUGAGGUUCGUAGAAGAUUGCCUGGGUUUUCACCAGCUAAGGUGUUGGAUUUUGGGGCUGGGACUGGUUCUGCAUUUUGGGCACUUAGAGAAGUGUGGCCACGGUCGUUGAAUAGAAUUAAUUUGGUGGAGCCAUCACAGUCCAUGCAGCGUGCUGGACAGAGCCUUAUAAAAGCCUUGCAAAUUGUCCUCUUAUCAGAGUAUAGAAUUUGCCAACAAGAAGAAGAUUUUGUAUGCCUUGAGCUUUUGUCAUGUUUAUAUGAAGGAGAUUCGCUGAGAUUCACAAGCCGCGACCUAAGAUGUCAUAUCUUGGAGUCAUUUGCUGUUAUCCGAAUAUCUAGACCUGUGGUUAAGGAUUGCUUUCUUGUUUCUCUCUCUCUAGCAUUCUUUUGUUUGCAGUGUCCGCAUGAUGGAAGUUGUCCUUUGGAUAACACUGGAAAAUAUUGUCAUUUUGUUCAACGCUUGCAGAGGACAACAUCACAACGUGCCUACAAGCGGUCGAAAGGUGAGCCUCUACGUGGCUUUGAAGAUGAAAAGUUUUGCUUUAUCGCUUUUAAACGAGGACAACGGCCAAGGGAGCCUUGGCCACUGGAUGGUAUGAAGUUUGAGACUUUGAAGGAGCAGCAUGCCAGAAGAAAUCCAGAGGAUUUAGAGAUUGACUAUGAGGACCAGUUCAUCUCAGAAGAUGAGGAUGUUCAAGAUGAAGAUCCAAUCUCCUAUGAUUCCGAUGUUACAGAAACAGACGCCAUUACUGAAAAUGAUGAUUGGGAGGAAGAAGGCGAAGAAACAGCCCAUGCUAAUCUUGGUAGUGGUUGGGGAAGAAUCAUAUACAAUCCUCUAAGAAGGGGCAAGCGGGUUGAGAUGGACAUUUGUCGAUCAAUGGAUCGAGAAGGCACUGAAGGCUCGUUUGACCGAAUUGUUAUUACAAAGAGCAAAAACCCAACAUUGCAUCAUCAGGCUCGAAGAUCGGUCUGGGGUGACUUAUGGCCCUUUUAGAUUUCGUUAGAAAAAUGGCCCUCGGGGCUUUGGUCAAGAAGUAAGAGCGCAACGCAUCAUGUCAUGUGUGAAUUAUGCGCACGUAAUGAGUCCAAACCCUGCCGAGCUCUACAUGGAGAUUCGGUCAAGACUCCAUUUGAUUUGGGAUGUGUUGUUUAUUAUUAGGCUCAUGUGAUUAUGUACUCCCUUGCCAAAAGAAGAAUAGUUUUGUUACUAUUUGAAAAGUGAAUGAUUUUUCAAUUUACUAAUUUAAUGAGUUUUCAUAUUA